AUGCUGAUAUCAACAAGCGUCUUGUUACUUCUAUUCGUUUAUACUACAAAGCAAGACUCACUAGAAGAUCCUAGCGCCUUUGAGGAUUUAACAGAUGAUUCGGGAACCCGACAUAGAUUCAAUGGACCAUUGCCGCCUUUACCUGAUAUGACUGGAGUACGACGAGUGGAGCCAGGACCGCCAGGUAUCAGACCACCAGCCGGCUUCAUCGAAGAGCUAAAAAAUUUUCAUGAAGAGAUGGGGGUCGUUUCCAAGCAUGGAAAGAAGAGAAUAAUGGGCGUAUCGCGGCGUAAACCCACAAUGGACGAUUCUUUUGUAGAUGCAUAG